AUGUCUACAACAGAAGAUCAACAAGGGCUACAGGAGACUGGCAUACCCGAUGCAUCACAGAGUCCCAUUCCGACCCAUACGCCGGAACCCAUCCCCGAGGAAAGCUCAGAACAAAGUCCGGACCAGACCGUUCGUCUGGCGGCAUCCAACACCACUCUAUGGCCGUCGUACGCAUCUGUCGGUAAUGACAGCACUCAUCAAAAUGAAUCUCAGGUCCUAUCGUCCUGGACGUCUGCAGCCACCCUGCGCCCACAACCCCAAGAUGGACAAGCCGAAACUGCCUCAAACGCAAAGCAACCGGCACAGCAACACCCUCUAGCGACCUCCACUGUUCCACCGCCAAAUGUACCUCCGGUGCCGCCAACGACUGCUACGACCGGGGCCACAGCCGCACCGUCGGCAUCUCGACCAUCCUUCCUCCGCCGGCUAACAAAAACGACAAAGGCCGCUCCUGCCGUCGACCCUUUAGCCAAUCCGUCCACCGACCAGAACGCCAAAAAGGCCCGUCCGUUUGGCAUCAAGGCAGAGACCAAGACCAAGUUCCGCGAUUUUUGGCGAAUCUUCACGUACUCGACGUGGGCCGACCGCGUCCUGAUUGUCCUGGCAUCGCUUGCGUCCAUCUGCACGGGCGUCACGAUGCCGCUCAUGAACGUGGUGUUUGGCCGCGUGUUUGGCUCCUUUAACGGCUACGACAAGCAGGGCAACGCCGUGGUCAUGACGGAGGACAUGUUCAUGCACGAAAUCGUGCAGUGCGUCUUGUACCUCGUGUACAUUUUCGCGGCGCGCCUGGUGCUGGGCUACGUCGCCUACUUUGGCUUCCGGCUCAGCAGCCUGCGCAUCUCCGCGGCGCUGCGGCUCGCGUACAUGCGCGCGCUGCUGGCGCAGCCCGUGUCGACGCUGGACUGCCUGCCGCCGGGCACGACGGCGGCCGUCAUCACGAUCACGGCCAACACGCUGCAGCUGGGCAUUUCCGAGAAGCUGUCGGGCUUCCUGCAGUCGGUGACGCUCGUCGUGGCGGCCCUGGUCGUGUCGUUUCUGUACAGCUGGAAGCUGACGCUGGUGACGAGCAGCGGCAUGGUGUUCAUUGUCCUGGUGUACGCGGUGACGACGCCGAUGUUGGUCAAGAUUCUCAAUCAAGUGCAGGACAGCGAGAUCAAGGCAGCCACCGUGGCGAGCGAGAUCUUUUCGUCCAUCAGAAUGGUGGCGGCGUGUGGUGCGGAAGAAAAAAUGGCUGCACGAUACGACGUGUGCGCCGACGAGUCGCGCAACCGAGGGAAGCGCAUGUCGCCGGUCAUUGCCCUGCAGCAGACGCCGGUUUUCUUUGCGAUUUUUGCAACCUUUGCCCUCGCCUUCUGGUUCUCACUCGAUGAGUACAUGAAGGGCGACAUCCACAGCCCACAGACAUUGAUUGUCGUCCUCUUCUCCGUCAUGAUGAUGACGACGGCCAUUGGUGGCAUCACGACGCCUUUGUCGGGCGCUGCCCGUGCGGCCAGCGCCGCCACCAUUUUCUAUGCCAUGAUUGAUGCGCCGGCGCCCGAAUGCGGUGGAUUUGGCGAAGGCACCCCUGAAGCCGAGGCGGCGACAAAGGGCGAUCUCGUCCUUGAAAAUGUGCACUUUUGCUACCCGCUCCGGCCGGACCUCAAGAUCUUGGACGGCGUCGACGUGACCUUUCCAGCCGGCAAGAUGACGGCGAUUGUGGGUCCGUCGGGCUCGGGCAAGAGCACAAUCGUGUCCCUGUUGGAGCGCUGGUACGAGCUCGACGAGCCCGGUGUGUUGACGACGUACGGACACCUGACAGUGGGCGGCGUGCGGCUGAGGGAUCUGGACCGGCGCUGGUGGCGGACACAGGUCGGACUGGUGCAGCAGGAGCCAUUUCUGUUCAACGACACGAUCUUCAACAACGUGGCGCACGGCCUGGUGGGGACCAAGUGGGAGCGUGCAGACGAUGCAGUCAAAAAGAGCAUGGUCGAAACAGCCUGCCGCGAGGCGUAUGCCGACGAAUUUGUGGUGCGUCUGCCGCAGGGGUACGAGACGGUGGUGGGAGACGGCGGCGGUCUUAAGCUGAGCGGCGGCCAGCGGCAGCGGCUUGCCAUUGCCCGAGCCAUCAUCAAACAGCCGGCCGUCUUGGUCCUGGACGAGGCCACGAGCGCCAUUGAUGUGCGCAGCGAGCAGAUCGUGCAGGCGGCGCUGGACCGCGCGUCCAAAAACCGCACGACCAUUACCAUUGCCCACCGGCUGUCGACCGUCCGCAAAGCCGACAACAUUGUGGUCCUGCGAAAAGGGCGCGUCGUCGAGCAGGGCACGCAUUCUGAGCUGAUGGCGCGCGGCGAGGGCGGUGCGUAUCAUGCGCUGGCGACGGCGCAGCAGCUCGUCCGGGAAAAGGUGGAGCAGCGGGCCGUCCCGCGGCCGACGUCCCGGCCCCGCCCGGGAUCCAAUGCCAGAACAGAAGCAGGAUCGCGAUCACAGUCGCACGACUCAAAGGAGAGAAAGAGCAUGGACAUCGUUGAGAAAGAGGCUGCCAUACGUCCGGAGAGCGUCGUUGACAUGGCCACAAGUUCAGCCAAGGAGAAAGACGACGCAGGCGCAGGCGUCCUCCAACCGCCACAAGCAUCCUCCGCAGACGCCCCCAAAACGCCUUCUCCUUCCCAAUCGCAAGGAAGCCGCAGCUUUUGGCGCAGCUUCGUGCUUCUCCUCCGCGAGCAGCGCGCGCUCUGGCCGUGGUACCUCGUCAUGUUCGCGGGCGCCCUCGCCGCCGGCGCCAGCGCGCCCGUCCAGGCGUACCUGUUCGCUAUGCUCAUAUCGCUCUUCGCGUUCCUCGGCAGCCCCGAGUGGCUGCACGCGCUCACCAACUUUUGGUGUCUCAUGUUCACCGUGCUCGCCAUCGCCGUGGGGUUGGCGUACUUCGCCCUGGGCUGGUCCGCCACCACCACCGCGUUCCACAUCACCCACCACUACCGUCGCGCCUAUCUGCGGAGCAUGCUCGCCCAGCCCGUCGCUUUUUUUGACGAGGACGACCACAGCGCCGGCGCCCUGACCGCCCGCCUGGCGACCGAUCCGACGCAGCUGCAGCAGCUGCUGGGCAUGAACCUGGCCUUCGUGGCCAUUUCGGUGCUCAAUGUCAUUGGAUGCCUCAGCGUGAGUUUUGCCUUUGGCUGGAAGCUGACACUGGUCACCGUCUUGACGUCGAUGCCGGUGCUGCUGGGCGCCGCGUUUGUGCGCCUGCGCUACGAACAGCAGUUUGAGAAGGCGAGCCAGGCCGUGUUCGCCGAAAGCGCGCAGUUUGCGACCGAAGCCGUGGGCGCGUUCCGAACGGUGGCCGCACUGACGCUCGAAGAAUCCAUUGGCGCGCGGUACGCCGCCCUCCUUCGAAACCACAUCCGCGGCGCCCUCGUACAGUCGGGCGUGUCGACAUUUGUGUUUGCGUUGAGUGACAGCAUUGCGCUGCUGUGCAUGGCGUUUGUUUUAUGGUACGGCGGUAAACUCAUGGCCGACCGCGAGUAUCAGUCGUUCCAAUACGUUGUGGUCUACAUUGCCGUUUUGCAAGGCGGCAUGGGUGCUGGCCAGUGGCUCAGUUUCGGACCAAACAUUGCACAGGCUUCGGCGGCGGCCAACCGCAUCAUCGACCUCCGCCACACCGACGACGCCGACGGCCGUCUUGUUUCCUUGGACAAUGGCGACUUGGGUGACGAGGACCAGGGCGUCAAGAUUGAAUUCCGCAAUGUCUGGUUUCGUUAUCCGACGCGAGACGCCCCGGUGCUCAAUGGGCUCAACAUGACAAUUGAAAAGGGACAGUUUGCGGCCGUUGUGGGCUACUCGGGUUCCGGCAAGACGACCGUCGUCUCGCUCUUGGAAAGAUUCUAUCGCUACGCGUCCGGCGACAUUCUCUACAACGGGCUCCCCAUUGCCGAUCUCGCACUGCACGACUACCGGCGAGACAUCUCGCUCGUCGCCCAGGAGCCCAGUCUGUUUGACGGGACGCUGCGCGAGAACAUUCUGCUGGGCAUCGCCGACGACGCGGCUGACGACAUGGACGCCCGCCUCCACGCGGCCUGCACCGACGCCGGCAUCCACGACUUUAUCCAGUCGCUGCCCGAGGGCUACGACACGGCCAUUGGCAGCCGCGGCGUCGCGCUGUCGGGCGGCCAGAAGCAGCGCGUGUCCAUUGCCCGGGCCCUCGUGCGCCGCCCGCGCCUCUUGCUGCUCGACGAAGCGACGUCGAACCUGGACGCCGAGACGGAGCGGCAGGUGCAGGCCGUGUUUGAGACGCGACAGUCGCGCUGCACCAUGGUGGUUGUGGCGCACCGCCUGGCCACCGUGCAGCGGGCCGACGUCAUCUUCGUGCUGGGCGACGGCCAAGUGCUGGAACAGGGGGACCACGCGAGCCUGCUGGCGCAGAGGGGCGUCUACUACCAAAUGUGCCAGGCGCAGGCGCUGGACGGUUGA